AUUCAAUUACCAGUCUUACAAAUACCCUUCGCUGAGAGGCACGAACGAACACGAUGGACGUGAAUGCAGCUCUCCUAAUUGCAAAUCUUGCUGUAUGGCCCGUCAUCGUGGUAACAGUGUUGACAAUGAUCUUAGGCGGUUGUUUAAGAAUGGCUUAUCGAUGCUGUUUUCAAAAGUCAACGCGACAUUACAUGGUGCAAUUGAAGGAUUAUGGACGGGUAAACAGAGACCAAGAACACAGAUUACAAAAUGAUGAUGAUGAAGUUGACGAAAAACUGACGUGCGAUAAGAAUGACCAAAGGGCAAGUGAUACAACCAACCAUGACAGUGAUGUAAUAGACAUAGACCGGUUACAGUUACGCGUUACAAGCUAUUCCUCUGAAGAUGAAAGUCUGACUAAUGACACGAUGACGGAAGAUCAGACAGAGACGAAGUUUGAGAACACACAGCACGUUACUGAACUUGAAACUACAACAGAACCAGUGUACCCCAAAUCUAAUUCAACCGCUGAUGGACGUGAUGGCGGUGGGCCUGAUGCAAGGAAAGAUAGGCCCCUUCACCCAAUUCCUACUCCAAGGUUGAAAAGCAGUUCCUCAAGCGAACAAACAAGAGAACGCACCAACGCAUCCUCAGAAGCGAUAUUGGCACAAAUGGCAGAUAGGUUCGAGAACCUUGAUAAGGACGACGUAUUUCCAUCGAUGCUUGCUACUCGUACGAAAACGUUACCACCAUCUGUAUCCAAGGCCUCUAACGACACGAAACCCUCUUUGGGGCCACCACCUCUCCCAACGACGCUGCCAAACUGGACUCGAAGAGGCAGGAAGCCUCCAGGAAAUGCCUUACAAAUGGAGAAGGCAGGGGCUGAAGAACUGCAUGGAGAUAUUGGAGAGGAACUAAUGGAGAAGGCGUCAAAUACCAAGAGAAAACCAACACCACCGAAAACUGUACCGCUGAUGCCACUAGCAAAGUGUCCAAUGGAGAAGGAAUGCCAGACUAUAUCUGUCCGAAAAAACUCCGUGAAUAGGAGACCAACUGCACCUCCCCCAUCAGUACCAAACCUUGCAGGAAAGAAUCACUUUGAGAUUACAGAAUGCAGCUCAUCCGGUGCGGAGGGUGGAGGUGCAAUCUCGCGAGAAGAGCCUACAAAUGCAUAUGAUGAAAUAUGCGAUGAACAAUUACAUGGUGCUGACGCUGUCAUAAAUCAUUAUGAUGCCAUAGAAGACCACUUGUAUGACUGUAUCGAUGAUAUGCCACGAUGCAGACGUAGCGGUCAUAGGCCAAACCUAGCCAGACAGAAGGAUGUGUUUAGAACUGAAGGACUUGAUGAUACAGAAGUUGUUAAUCCUUUCUAUGCGGGGAGAUUGGAAAGGUCAUUUAAAAGAAAGAUGAAAGGUCAAGAGAAUAACCCAUAUGCUUCAUUUAUAGUAGAAGAUAAGGCUGAUCCAGGAAAUGAACAGAAAACAUCCAGCCCAGAUCAACGGAUGAAUCCUCGCGGACAUAUCAGCCCAAAGCAUCAGGUUGAUGCAAUGGCUUUUAAAGCAGAGCCAUUUCGAAUUUCUCUGGAUUCUGGUUAUCUGACCGCUAUUGCAACUCAUCCCUACAACCUCCAUGUGUCUGGAUACAAGAGAGAGACAUCCAAAGAAGGAUCAUCUGAAACUGAUCGGCCUGGGAAUGAACCAACCAGUGUAGAACCUGACGACAUACCACUGAAUGAUCAAGGUACCCACUACGUGAACGAAUGUAUGGAUGUAGAUAAGGCACCUACACAUCCACCAUUAGCUGCCAAAGUAAAGGAAAUCAAAACAGAGGAUGGACACUAUGAGGAUUUAUUAAGUGACUCAUUUGUUGCGAGCAAUAAAUCAUUGAAACCUUCCGUACCUCCUAAACCGAAACCCGACAAGAGAUAUUCAUAGAAACAAUGCUUGAUGUAUGUCGAGCGCACAUCCGGACCUAUGUAGGUUUUGGCUGUAACUAUUCCUUAGACAAUAGAUGGCCGUAAACAGGAGGCCAUUGAGGAUUUCACGAAAUUGCCAUUUGUUUAACUGAAUAGUUAUGAACUUGUUUGUUGAUUAUGUCGCACUCAGUACUAGUCCACCUAUAUGACGGUGGUAUGUAAAUAUGUUAAUAAUCGUGUCUGAACCAGACUAUUGAGGGAUGGACAACAUGAACAUAUAUUACGCAAUUGUGGUACGAUAGCAUGCAUUCACCAAGUCAACAAGCCUGACCACCCGGUCCCGUUAGUCGCCUCUCACGACAAGCAUGGGUUGCUGUAGAUACAUCUAACCAGGAUCGUCAUGGGAGAUUUGUGUUCUUGGAUAUUGUUCGGAAGGAGCAAGAAAUAUGAAAGAAAUGUGAAGUUGUCGUAUCACACUUCUGCGUAUGUUGCAGUCCUGCAAAUUGUACAUUGGUUUCCCCCAUUUGAAUGUCAACCGUAUAUGUUGGGACGUGAGCGUAGUGACCUGACCGUUCGUUAACCAUUACAACAAUCACUUGGAGUAAGGGGACAUUAAGUGUUUCGCUAAAAUAGGUGGAUUAUAUCCAUUUCAAGUAAUGAUGUAUGUUUCAUUAUAACAAAUACUUAUAUCAUAUUCUCUCAUCUACCUUGUAACUCUGUAUUCAUAGAAAAAACUUACGAAAACAAAUGCUAUAUAUGGGUAUUUUUUCAUUGCACUGUACAUAACGUUUAAGCUUGUUAUAGAAUAAAGUCGAUUCUUAAUGUUG